CCCCGUAUGGACUUCUCCGAAGUAUAUGCCUACCGUCAAUGAAAGGCGGCUACUACAUCGUACAUGCGGUCAUAGAGAAAGGAACGGGCGACAUACUGGCAGGCCACUGUCUCUGCCCAGCCGGCCUCAGUGGAAGCUGCCAGCACGUUGUUGGCCUGCUGCUCACAGCUUGCAACCUGGCACCACAAGGAGAAGACACAACAUGUACGGAUGUCCCCUGUGCAUGGAUUGUGCCCCCUCAAGCCAAAAAGCAAGAACCAAGCUUGCCGCUUUCGGAAAUUUUGUUUGAGAGCAGCAGGAACAGGAAGAGAGUUUAUGAUCCCACACCUGGACUGUUGCCAGCUGACCCUGCCAACUUCAUCAGCAACUUGCAAGAAAUAUCUCCGAGCUGCCUUCUACUCCGCUAUGCAAAGAAGCCCAGGGCAGCAGAAGAACCUCUGUAG